UCACGCCAGUAUAGUAGGUGCAAGUUCAGACUGUAUUUCGGAGCAAAAAAAGGACCAUACAAUCUAUUGGAGAAAAGUAGAGAAUUUUGCGUUUGUAUUUUCAAGCAUUCGUUGUCGUCGUUGGAGAUCUUUGCUACGUUACGCCGAAUGCUGUAACACUAGUCUGGACUUUGUGCGAACCCGGGGGCAUCCGAGGUUUCGUACUGAGCUGAGCAGAAGGUUUCUACCGCCACAAACAAGUACUUUUUAAGCCUUUGAGGGGGCUGUGACCGAGACUACGAUGGCUACCAGACGCAGGACCUCAAAAAACAUUGAACUGACACUAGAAAAGAGAGGAGAAGACUACAAGAAAAAAGUAGAGGCUGCGAAAACAAAAGAGAAAGCUCCACCGAGAUGGCCGGGGGCGUGCAAGCUCCUACUGUCCAUACUCCUGUUCCUGGUGAUUUUGAGCUGCCUGGGGUUCGGGAAAGUGUCGGUGAUUUCCAUAACCCAGUGUCUGGCACAGGCGAGGUUCGAGAACAGAACAAUCACACCUCCAUCUCACAACCUGACCAUCGUGCAGUCGUGUAAAGAUGAGCAGCCCGAGGCCAUCAUCAACAUGAUCCUGCUGAUCCUGAUGGUUCCGUACGGCAUCACCCUGCUCAGGUGUCUGUGGGUGACCGGCUGUAGAGGCGUGUAUCCCUGGCCGACAUGGACGGCUAUCGGCGUGGGGUUUCUGGCCAGUACAGCCGAGGUCUUCGCCCUCGGUCUCUUCACACUUGAGGCUCUCACGACCGUGAAAAGCGCCCUCGGCAUUCUCCUGAUGAACAGCAUCUACGCCAUGCAGAUCUUCUUCCAGCUGCUGUACGAGUGUUGGAAGUUUGUCCGCCCGCGCACGGAGGGGGGAUCGCCGCCAUCUUGGAGAAAGCUGCUGACGUUUCUGCUGGCCGACAGUCUGGGAGUCGCCGCUUUCGUCGCGAUCGUGUACUUCAGUUCGAAGGAGGGAAACGACCCGGAAGCUUCCCUGUUCCCUCUUAUACAAAAAAUCGGAGACGUGCAGACCAUGUGGAGCCUGACCGGUUGGAACUCCAUCACGGCUUUCCACCCGGCGUUUGACGAACUGUUGGUCAACAUCUUCUGUAGCGUGGGGGCGUACGUCCUGUCUGUAUUUGCCUGCAGUAUCUGUGUGUACUACAUCGGCUUCACGGCGCCCUUGUUGUGCGGUACUAUUGACGCCAUGCUGCUGGUUUACAUCAUUCCUGUCUGUGACGUUUUCAUACCUCGUGAGGCUUGUGAAGCGGAGGAGUCCAGGUACAUCUGGGGGAUCCCUGCAGCUGUUGGCCUGUACAUCGCACAAACCAUCGCCGUGUGGAGUCUGGUGGUGCAGAGUCCUAGUGGGAUUCUGGAGAAGGAGUCACAGAUCUUCUGGCUGCCGGGCUACAACAGCAUUUUCCUGGAGCAGUGGCUGAUGCUGAGCCGGAAAACCAAAUACAGCAACCGGAAACAGUUUGUCCGGCGUGCCAAGACAAUCCGGAACGCGUGUGUGUACGUCUGUAGUACCAUGUACCAUGAGUCUGAAGAAGAAAUGGAACAGCUGCUCAUCUCCUUGCGGGGGAUCGCUAACGAUCUCCAGGACGAGGCGAACCGCCAUUUUGAAUCGCACAUCUUCUUUGACGGCGGCUGUAAGCAGGGUCAGCCGUCACGCUGGGCGUUACAGCUCAUGGCGCUCAUCGACAAGACCAUGUGUCCACCGGGAGACGUGACGAUUUUUAACGAGUUAUCCUGUGAGAAGUGGGAGACUCCGUACGGGCUGCAGUUCUGCUGGAGAGUCGGUGCGAGAAAGAUGUCGUUUAACGUACAUCUUAAGGACAACUCAAAGGUCAGGGCUAAGAAGCGAUGGAGUCAAGUGAUGUACAUGUCCUACGUUCUCGACUAUCUUGCUAACUACAAUCCACUGGGUAUGUCUUCCGGCGCCAUCUUGGAUGACGAUAUCGAGGCUUCCUCGCCCAGAAAGUCAGCGCAGACGUUUGACCGCAGCGGGCCGCACCGAGCGAGACUAAACGGUUCCACCUGCUGGACCGCAGAAGGGAACGACUUACAAUACAUACAGGUUGACCUGAGUGAGCCGAUGGCCGUGACUGGGUUAGUGGUACAGGGACAUCCCUACGCUGAGGAAUGGGUGAAGAGUUUUGAGAUCCGUUAUCUGGACAAGUCCACUCCUAUAUCAUCCGGACUGGGGGACGGUGACUGGCGCCGGUACGGGGAGGGUCCUGACGGUGAAGUCAAGACCUUCACCAUCACACCGACAAGCGGUAACGAUGCGGUAAGAGUCCUCCUGGAGGAGCCGGUUGAGACCCGCUAUCUCCGGAUCUACCCCAUCCAGGGACACGGUUCCCGCAGCAUGCGCUUCGAGAUCCUGGGACAUCACAUUGCUGACAACCUAGAGAACACGUAUCUCCUGGUGACCGAUGCUGACGUGAAGUUCACCCCGGAAGCAGCCAAGGCCCUGCUGGACAUCACGGCACGUGACCCCGCUGUCGGUGCCGUGUGCGCCCGUACCCAUCCGAUGGGGUCUGGAGCCGUGGCGUGGUACCAGAUCUUCGACUACGCCAUUGGACACUGGCUUAACAAGGCGGCUAACAACGUCCUUGGCACGGUGCUGUGCUGUCCCGGCUGUUUCUCCGUCUACCGAGCUAAAGCUGUCCGUGACGGGCUGGCGGAGUACUCCACACACGUCACCAAGGCAAACGAGUUCCUCAUCAAGGACAUGGGCGAGGACAGGUGGUUCUGUACACUCUUAGUUGAGAGCGGCUGGAAACUUGAGUACUCUGCCGUGUCUGAAGACUCCACCUUCUGUCCGGAGUCCUUCGACGAGUUCUUCAAACAGCGCCGUCGGUGGCUUCCCUCGACCGUAGCCAACCUGGUGUUGGUUGUACAGAAAUGGAAGACGCUUGUCAGAAAAAACUCCAACAUCUCCCGGCUGUUCAUCCUGUACCAGCUGCUGUUGCUCUUCGCUACUUUGAUUGGACCUGGAACAUGCAUGCUGUUGAUCGCAGGUGGCAUGAGCGUGGCGUACGGUGUUGAUCCCGUGAUCUCCAUGGUGCUGCUGGUCCUCACGUCUGUGGGGUUCGCUCUGCUGUGUCUCAAAACUAACCAGAAUGUACAGCUACAGAUUGCCAAAAUAUUGACGUUUGCUUUUGCUGUUGUGAUGGCUGCCGUCACGGUCGGAACAGCAACGGACAUCGUCAAGGGUCUCAGCACUCCCAGCUUCUCCAAUUCAACAGGUGGGGAUGUUGUGUUGCUGCCAAUACCGGUCAGCACCUUGUACUUCUUCCUCAUCAUCGGGAUUUUCAUCGUGACGGCUCUCCUGCACCCGACGGAGUUCUUCUGCCUGUUCCACGGGGUCUGGUACCUGUUCUGUCUGCCGUCAGGCUACCUGCUGCUCACCAUCUACAGCAUCUGUAACCUCAACGACAGGAGCUGGGCCGAAGAACCAGAGACGGAAGAAGGCCCGCAAAGUGCCCCUCCACUUCCACCUAAGACACUUCCACCGGCGCUUCCACCAAAGCAGAGAAGGCGCAAGGUGACGUUCGAUUCUGUGGAGGGCCUCCCGCUUGAACCAGGAAUGGGGGCAGCUGCGCGACGUAUCCAGACACAGAAGAGGUGGUUCCGUCGGAGGAACAGGGAAAGCCUGGCAAGAAGAGCCUCUCGCAAGCACUCCAACUGGAGGAUGAGUUACCAGGACACGGACAGAGUAGGAGUAGAAAUGUGGCUUCCUGACAAGAUGAGAGAGAAGUACGCCCAGAAAUUUCUGGACCAUGGCUAUGACGACACCACCUUCAUAGCCGGGAUGAAGGAGUCAGACCUGGAGUUUAUCGGUGUAGACAAGAUGCACCGUCCGGAGAUCCUCAGACAGAUAGACAAACUGUCGGAGUACGCGAUCGACGUCAAAGUGCCGGAUACAGUGGAAGAGUGGCUGGACCAGAUCGGUUUGGAACAGUACAACGACAAGUUCGUGUAUGAUGCUUAUGAUGUCGCCAGUCUGGUCAACCUGGAAGAACAACAGAUCAGGGAAAAUCUUGGAAUCGUCAAGACUGCUCACGUCAAGCGCAUGUUGGUAGCAAUAAGCCACCUUCGACACCCCAGCGAAACCGAUGAAAUGAUCGACCGAGUGAAGAAAGUGAUCUCAGACAACGUCAAGCCACUUCGUAUGCAGGACCUGGAAGAGGACCACGUGCGUUACCCGGAGUACAAGUUCUGGAACCGAGUCCGUGACGCUGCCCUGAAGCAGGACUACGGAGUCUUCAACAACAACGUGGGGCUGAAGGAACAGCUGGAGGAGCUGAGGAACUCUUGGCUUAUCGUGCUGUUCGUGUCUAACGCACUGUGGCUCACCCUGAUCCUCACACUGGCCUCUCAGGCUAAUCUGCAGGUACUUACACUCAAACUGUCGAAGAUAACACGCAAUAAGGUCCUAGACACCAACCCACUUGGUCUAGUCUUCCUCGUUGUCUUUGGCUUCAUCCUGAUUAUCCAGUUCCUGGCCAUGCUGGUCCAUCGCGCCUGGACUGUCGUGCACAUGUUAGCUCGCAUCCGCAACCCCUGGGAGAAACUGGACACGGAGGACGCCGUGGGACCGAAGGAAGAGAAGCAGUACCGGGGCCAAAUCUCGCGGAUCCCCGACGCCAUGCCGGCGACCUCCCGACGAGGUUUUGACGACACGAUCUACCAGAACGAUGGCUUUGAAGAGGACGAAGGGGAGCCUCCUGUGUACGAAUCCGUCAGUUCGUUGUAGCUUUUAUUGAAGUUAGGCCAUAAGUUACCUUAGACCUUAGUUCCAUACCGACUUAAUUUUAUGGAUGACAUCCAGGCGCGCAUGAAUUUUCGCCUGUCCUUAAAA